AUGGACGCCUCCUCCCUCCGCAUCUCCAAGUUCGAUGGAACUAACUUCCACGCCUGGAAGUUCAAGAUGCAGAUGGUGCUGGAGGAACGGGACCUAUGGGAGGUCGUCAGCGGUGAGAUCAAGGCGGAACAGUGCGAGACUCAGUUGGACCAAGCGACGUACAAGAGGAAGUCAAGAAAGGCGAUGGCAGUGAUCUGUCUAGCCAUGGAAGAUUCCCAGCUACCGUUGGUCCGGUCGGCAAGUGGUGCAUGCGACGCAUGGUCAAGGUUGGAAGACCACUUCGAGAAGAAGAGUCUUGCCAACAAGCUGUUCUUGCGCCGUCGCUUCUUCACGACAAUGAUGGAAGAAGGCGACGAUGUGCUCGAACACAUCAACAAGCUCAAGACGCUGGCGGAACAGCUAGAAGCGGUGGGGGCUCCAGUCUGCGAGGACGAUCUGGUGAUCACACUCCUCGGCAGCCUGAGUGACUCGUAUCAAUUCUUGAUCACAGCUUUGGAGUCGCGCUCAGACACUCUUAGCUGGGAGCUCGUGACGUCUCGACUGCUUCAUGAAGAAAUGAAGCGGAAGGAGCAAGGAAGUAAAGGUGAUGAAGCUUCGCAAGGUCAAGCGUUCAUCACAAGGGACAAUCAGCGCAAAGGGCGACCAGUGAAGAAGUCCUGGCCGUGCCACAAUUGCGGAAAGAUUGGUCACUGGAUGGCGGAGUGCCCCUCGCGCAUCCAAGAAAACACGGAGAGACACCGGCCACAGCGUGCUCAAGACAGCGGCGACCGCUAUCGAUCACAACGUGCAAACGUCGCUCAAGAAGAAGACUCGGGCGACUACCUCUUUUCGAUCGGUGAAACGACAUCUGCGAAAUCGAGCGACAUCUGGCUGGUCGACUCCGGGGCGACGCAGCACAUGACGUGCUCCAAGAAGUUCAUGCGGAACUACAAGGGGUUUGACGCUGUGGAUGUCCAUCUCGCGGAUGAUGGAAUCGUCCAAGCAAUCGGCAGUGGGGACAUUGUCAUGUCGAUGAAUAUUGAGGGUUACCGGUACAAUCCGAACCUAGCGCGUAGUUCUUACGAGAUAGUUUUUACAUCGGUAAUUACCUCAGAGAUGAUUAGACGCGUAGGAUGA